AUGGGUCUCUUCGCUCUCUUGUGUCUCCACACGAUUCUCCUCCGCGUCCUCGUGCUCUCCCACAGCAGCAUCUAUGAGAGGUCGGUGGUCCCCCGCGCAGCCCCGCGCUCCGUGGCUCGCAUGGACGGAGACGUGAUCAUCGGCGCGCUCUUCUCCGUCCACCACCAGCCGUCCGCCGAGAAAGUGGCCGAGCGCAAGUGCGGGGACGUCCGAGAGCAGUACGGCAUCCAAAGGGUGGAGGCCAUGUUCCACACGCUGGACAGGAUCAACUCCGACCCCAACCUGCUCCCCAACAUCAGCCUCGGCUGUGAGAUCCGGGACUCCUGCUGGCACUCCUCGGUUGCCCUGGAGCAGAGCAUAGAGUUCAUCAGGGACUCCCUCAUCUCCAUCCGAGAUGAUAAGGACGGAUCCAAGUGGUGUAUCGACGGGACCCCGUCCAACCAGCCGCCACCCUCCAAGAAACCCAUCGCUGGGGUGAUCGGACCCGGAUCCAGCUCUGUGGCCAUUCAGGUGCAAAACCUGUUACAGCUAUUCAACAUCCCACAGAUUGCCUACUCUGCCACCAGCAUCGACCUGAGUGACAAGACAUUGUUCAAGUACUUCCUCAGGGUGGUCCCCUCUGACACCCUCCAGGCCCGGGCCAUGCUGGACAUAGUCAAGCACUACAACUGGACCUACGUGUCCGCAGUCCACACUGAGGGAAACUAUGGAGAGAGUGGCAUGGAGGCCUUCAAGGAGCUGGCCUCCCAGGAAGGCUUGUGCAUCGCGCACUCGGACAAGAUCUACAGCAACGCUGGCGAGAAACACUUCGAUCGCCUUUUGCGGAAAUUACGAGAACGCCUGCCCAAAGCUCGUGUAGUCGUGUGUUUCUGUGAGGGCAUGACGGUCCGUGGUCUCCUGAUGGCUAUGAGGCGACUCGGGGUGUUUGGGGAAUUCCUCCUUGUUGGCAGACACACAGCUAGAGAGGGAAUCAAUGCUGCAGGUCAAUACUUUGAUGCACUCUAA